UAUUUGGGCUAAAACAUGAGACCUCACACUCUGGAUAUUAUUUUUCUUUCUUCCUUUUAGGUUCUUUACAAAGAAUCAAGAAGAUGAAAUCAUCAUCAUCAACGUUACUCACAAGCUUUAACCAGAGACAGCCAUCUUCAUCUCCCACAAAAAAACCACCGAAGCAAAAGAGGAAAGCAACAACUACGAACGAUAACAAACCCAUCAAAGUCCGUUACAUAUCGAAUCCUAUGAGAGUGGAGACUUGCCCUUCUAAGUUUAGAGAGCUUGUUCAAGAACUCACCGGUCAAGACGCCGUCGACAUACCUCCUGAGGCCACCACGUACGCCGCCGCAGAUCCUCAACAGGAGGAGAUGAAUCCUGAGCCUUUGGAUGAAGGGGUCCGUGAGUAUUAUUCACCGUUGGAUGAAGAAGUGUUUAAUGCUCCUCAAAUGUCGGCAGGUCUUUCUGCGUUUUUCUCCUCUGGGUUUUAUAAUGUCAAUGUGAAUGCCUUUGGAAGCAUUGGCUCUCUCUGAAAAUCUUAUAUUUUUUAAAAAAAAUGGUGUCACACCUAUCAGGAGAAGAAAUCGUCGUAUAGUUUAGGGUUUCGUCGAUACCUAAAUAUAUAUAACAUAUCUUCUGUUUUUUUUUUUUUUUUGUGGGGAAUUAUUUGCGUUUGUGAGUAAAUAUAUCUUGUUCAUUUCAAGGAAGAAUUAUUGCAUUUGUUUAAUGAUCGAAAUUCUAAAGUAACAUAUCAAAAAUUUCA